GCCAAAACUCCCCUUUUCUCCAUUGUUUUGCCGCCAGUUCUCAUCAUUUCUCUCGCUCGCUCGCUCGGCUCUUGCUCUAGGAAGGUGAAUCAUGAAGGAUCUCGACUUCGCCGGUGACAAGGCCUUCGCGAAGGAUUUUCUCUCGAAUUUCGCCGAUGCGUUUGGCGAAGCCAAAUACAUAAAAAUCUUUCAAGAAGUCGCCAACCGCAAAAGUCGCGCCAUCCAGAUCGAGCUUGAGGACCUAUUUAAUUACAAAGACGUGGACGAAGACUUUCUUAGGCGGGUCACUGAAAAUACUCGGCGAUAUAUUGGAAUAUUUGCUGACGCUAUUGAUGAGCUCAUGCCGGAGCCCACAGAGGCCUUCCUAGACGAUGAUCAUGAUAUUCUGAUGACACAAAGGUCUGAGGAGGGAACGGAAAAUGUAGAUGGUGCUGAUCCACGGCAGAAGAUGCCUCCGGAGAUUAAACGUUUCUAUGAAGUUUAUAUCAGAGCAUCUUCAAAGGAACGGCCAUUUACAAUCAGGGAGGUGAAAGCAUCAUAUAUUGGCCAGCUUGUCAGGAUAUCUGGCAUUGUUACGCGGUGUUCGGAUGUCAAGCCAUUGAUGCAGGUGGCAGUGUAUACAUGUGAAGAUUGUGGGUUCGAAAUUUACCAGGAAGUAACUGCUCGAGUCUUCAUGCCCCUGUUUGAGUGUCCAUCCACACGCUGCCAGACAAAUAGGACAAAGGGGAACAUCAUCCUUCAACUCAGAGCCUCAAAGUUUUUGAAGUUUCAGGAGGCCAAGAUUCAAGAGUUAGCUGAACAUGUUCCAAAAGGCCAUAUUCCAAGGACAAUGACUGUUCAUCUCAGGGGAGAACUCACGAGAAAGGUUGCUCCUGGUGAUGUUGUUGAAUUAUCAGGGAUUUUUCUUCCCAUUCCUUAUACUGGAUUCAGAGCAAUGCGUGCUGGCUUAGUUGCAGAUACAUACUUAGAGGCCAUGUCUGUAACCCAUUUCAAGAAAAAAUAUGAGGAGUAUGAACUUAGACGAGAUGAGGAAGAACAAAUUGCACGCUUAGCUGAGGAUGGUGAUAUAUAUAAUAAGUUGGCUCGAUCAUUAGCACCUGAAAUUUUUGGACAUGAAGAUGUCAAGAAGGCUCUACUUCUUCUCCUUGUAGGCGCUCCUCACAGGAAGUUGAAAGAUGGAAUGAAGAUAAGAGGAGAUUUACAUAUUUGUUUGAUGGGUGAUCCUGGGGUUGCUAAAAGUCAACUUCUUAAGCAUAUAAUCAAUGUUGCACCUAGGGGAGUGUAUACCACUGGCAGAGGAAGCAGUGGAGUUGGUCUAACUGCUGCUGUUCAGAAGGAUCCUGUAACAAAUGAAAUGGUCCUGGAAGGGGGAGCACUGGUUCUUGCCGAUAUGGGCAUAUGUGCAAUUGAUGAGUUUGACAAGAUGGAAGAUUCAGAUCGCACAGCAAUUCAUGAAGUAAUGGAGCAGCAGACUGUUAGCAUUGCCAAGGCUGGAAUCACUACAUCUCUGAAUGCAAGAACUGCUGUUCUUGCUGCUGCCAAUCCAGCCUGGGGAAGAUAUGACCUAAGGAGAACUCCUGCCGAAAAUAUUAAUCUCCCUCCAGCUCUUCUAUCAAGAUUUGAUCUUUUGUGGUUGAUCCUCGAUCGAGCAGAUAUGGACAGCGAUCUUGAAAUGGCUAGGCAUGUUGUUUAUGUCCACAAGAAUAAAGAAUCACCUGCUCUUGGGUUUACUCCACUUGAGCCAUCUAUUCUUCGGGCUUAUAUUUCAGCUGCCAGAAGAAUUUCUCCCUGUGUUCCAAAGGAGCUAGAGGAGUAUAUUGCUAGUGCGUACUCUGGCAUUCGGCAAGAAGAAGCCAAAUCAAGUAGUCCCCAUUCCUAUACAACUGUGAGAACUCUGCUUAGCAUUCUCCGGAUAUCAGCUGCACUAGCAAGACUUCGAUUUUCAGAAACUGUGGCACAGAGUGAUGUGGAUGAAGCACUUAGGUUAAUGCAAAUGUCAAAAUUCUCUUUGUACUCUGAUGAUCGCCAGAAAUCUGGUCUUGAUGCUAUCUCUGAUAUCUAUUCAAUCUUGCGCGAUGAAGCUGCAAGGAGUAACAGGAUGGACUUGAGCUAUGCCCAUGCACUGAAUUGGAUUUCUAGAAAGGGUUACAGUGAAGCCCAGUUGAAAGAAUGCUUGGAGGAAUAUGCAGCCUUGAAUGUGUGGCAGAUCCAUCCCAACACCUUUGACAUCCGAUUCAUUGAUGCCUGAUGUGUAGCUCUUCCUUUCUGUAAAUUACUGAGCCGCAGCUAUUACCUUUCAGAGAUCAGUGAGUGGGAGGCUUAGCUGUAACUGGGCUCAACAAAUCCAUCAAAUGACCUCUGCAUUACUAACAGCGGUGGCUAGGGUUAUUACUACUGUAUCGUACUGAUAUUUCAAAUACGUGGAAUUUCUCAUCAUUUUUUAAAAAUCAGUUUUAUCUGCUA